GCAGGUCGACACCUCGAGCUUCAAGAGUCUGAUGAAGGGGCUCUCGGCCAUCAUGGAGGCGGCGUCCUUCUCCAGCGCCAGCAAGCAGAAGCUGACUGCAUUGGUGCAGGCCAACCACCAGGAGGAGGCCGACAGCGAGGAGGACCCAAUGGGCGCCCCGGCCGCGACGGUCUACAAAUCGCACUCCUCCGACAUCCUGGACCUGCUCGAGGACCUCAAGGAGAAGGCCGAGGAGGACCUGGCAGCCCUGCGAAAGGCGGAGACCAACGCGAAGCAGAACUAUCCCCUGAGGGCCCGCGCCGACGCCGCCGGACCACCCCUGGAUCGCUCCG